GACUUGAAAGAAAUAUAUACUACGCUCUCUCUGCAUAUUUUGUAAAUGAUACGGAAAAUGUUCCUCUCCAGAACUAUCACAAAAUAUAAAUCUCCCGCCAUAAAACAUACGAAAAGCGGAAUGCAACAAUUUCGAACUCGAAUGGGAAGUUUAACAGAGAAGUUUCGGGGCUGUAGGAGUGGUACGUUUCUCAGCAUCACAUAAACUUAAUUAAUUGCUGACGCGAACAGAGGGCGGAUUACGAUAUAUGGACUUUGUAAUGAUUCUCUUAUAAAACAUCAAUGCAGUAGUAGUACAUUGUUUUCUUUUAAUGCUGUUCUUCGAGGUAUAAUAAUUGAAAAUGUUUCCAGCAGCUUUUUAAAGCAGUCAGGGGAGAUGAUCAUGACCGUAAUUGCAUUAUUAAUCACAUGUGUUUUGGGAACCGUACAUGCAACAGGUACCAAAAAAGCUGCUUUUACCUUUCCUGAAUUCCAGUACAAAGAAACCAGCAAAAAUGAAAUGGCAUUCCGUGAAUUUGAGUCAGCAUGUGAGCAAAGUCCUACCUGUGCUCAAAUGAGUGGAAUAACGAGAGUGAGAUGUGUGCGAGAAUGCAUUUCACCAUCCUGUUACCAAGACAUUUACCAGUCAGAUCAGCUGGAAGAGGGAGAAAUAGAUGUCCGCCUGAACUCCUUUAAAGGAUGCUUCAUUCAAAGAGCAAGUCGACAGCGUCCGUGACGUCAAACCCUACUGCAGUUUGCUAAAAGUAUCUGGAAGGGCCAUGCUUGAAAAGAAGAAAAUUGGUGGAGUACUUAACACCUGAUACUUGUGACAAAUUUCAGACUGAAACACUUCUCUUCAAGUAGAUUUGCGAGGUCACGUCCAAACGCCAGGAGCUCUCAUCAUACAGUAACCCUGAGGAGACUGUGAAGGAAUCUUAUGUUGUCAUAAAACAAAGAAACACUUUUUUAUUGUGUUGAUAGAUUUCUUACAGAUUCUUAUUUAGAUCAGCUUUUGUAAGAUGCCCCAUACAGCCUGCAUAAUAGAACGGCAUCACAUCCCAACCACCCCAAUUAUACCCAGUUUCAAACAAACCACACAAGUAACGUUGUGCUGUACUCUGUUCUAAAUGGCUGAAAGGGAGGCAAACUGCUGUAACAAGAAUUCUGUUAACAUGGAAACAUGAACACAACAUCCAACUACAUGUGGUAAUUAAAAUCCAGAACAUUUCACAAAUAUUGAACAAUACAGAUGAUGGAGUAAAACAACUUGUAAAAUUUAUGCUGCACAAAUAUGAUCUAUAGAUUCAGA